AUGCUGCUCCCGUCCCCGGCUUGCGCCGCGCUCGUCGCCGGCCUGAAGCGCGAGUACUCGUCGUUCUUCAACCCGAUGGAGAUGGAGCUCUACGACCCGCAGGUGACGUUCGACGACCCAAUGAUCUCCUUCACCGGCGCGGACAAGUUCAAGGCCAACGUCGACAUGCUCUCCGGCGGCUCGGCCGUCGGGAAGCUGCUCUUCUCCGACUGCGGCCUGGUGAUGCACAGCUGCACCGAGGACGGGGAGCGCGCGCUCACGACGCGGUGGACGCUGCAGUUUCGGUUCAAGCUGCUGCCCUGGAAGCCGCUCGCUCAGUUCACCGGCGCGAGCGAGCGAGAGCUGCCGUUCGCGCUGCUCCGCCGGGCGGGCGACUACGAGGUGCGGCGGUACCCGCUCUUCGACUGCGCGAAGGUCGAGUACGAGCGGCGGGUGGACGGGCUGGGCGUGCUCGGCGCGUACACCAACGGCGCCAACGAGGCGGGCGCCGAGCUGAAGCCGCUCGUGCCGUCGCUGAUGAGCAUCCCGACGGGCGAAUGGGACGAGUUUCGCGAGUCGACGACGCUCUCCGCCGCAAAGGCGACGCGCCCGGCCCGACGGGCGCCGUGCGCUCGGCGCGUCCCGGCUCACCCCUGUCUGGGGCCUCGUCAGGUGAUGCGCUGGCCGAUGGGUGUGCCCGUGCUGGGAGACGCGGCGCCGCCCGCGCCCGAGUCGCGGAUACAGGGGGAGGCGUCGCUCGAGUCGGUCCCCUCGUGCGUGGUCGGCGUGCGCUCCUUCUCCGACCCGACCACCGAGCCGAUCGUGCGGCUGCUGCGGCAGGCGCUGCGCCGCGACGGGCUCGCGCCGGGCGGCAGCGAAGCGGAGGAGUUCCGGCUGGCGCAGUUUGACGCGCUCAACAGCCUCAACGCGCGGCGGAGCGAGGUGUGGGUGGCGCUCGACGAGCACCCGUGGUGA